AUGUCGUCCGCCAAACAGUCAUUUGACAACGACGCAAUCGCUAGCGUUCCCAAGUCCUACCCCUCCACCGCCGCCUCCACCGCCGCCGCCACACCUUGCAACGAAGGCGAUGCAUCUAAAACAGCCUCUCUUGCCGGUGGCGAGCAAGCUAAAUCCACCUGCAAUCCUUCCCCCUUCGACAUUCCCGCUGGUCAAUCCGGCGUCGGUGCUGUCUCUCGUAAGCUUAGCUCGCGCCACAUCCAAAUGAUUGGUAUCGGUGGAGGUAUCGGCACUGGCUUGUUCGUCGGAUCCGGUAUCGCCCUCGCCAACGCUGGUCCCGUCGGUGUUCUCCUUGCCUACAUCAUCACCGGUAUGAUGAUUUUCGGUGUUAUGGAAGGUCUCGCAGAGAUGUCCUCUUACCUCCCCGUCUCAGGUUCAUUCAUGCACUUUGCUUCCCGAUUCGUCGACCCUUCGCUUGGAAUGGCUCUCGGAUGGAACUACUGGUGGUGCUACGCUAUUGGUUGGGCUUCCGAGCUUAGUGCCGCUUCAGCCGUCAUUGGCUACUGGAACGCAGACAUCAACAUUGCCGCAUGGAUCAGUAUCAUGAUGGUUGCCGGUGCAGUACUUAACUUUGCUGGAGUCAACAUCUAUGGUGAAUCAGAAGUAGUCACGUCAACGAUUAAGCUGAUGGCAUUUGUAGCGUUGAUCAUUUUCGGUCUGGUGAUCGAUUUGGGUGGAGGUCCGACGAAGGAUAGGUUGGGAUUCAGGUACUGGAAGGAUCCGGGUGCGUUCAACCAGUAUAAUGCUAUCCUGGGUAGUGAAGGUCGCUUCCUUGGUUUCUUCUCGGCUUUGAUCCAAGCGGCUUUCACCUACAUUGGGACGGAGGUCUGCGUCUUGACCGCAGCCGAGGCAAAAAGCCCUUCUACUCAGAUCCCAAAAGCGGCUGGACGAGUACUCUAUCGCAUCCUGUUUUUCUACAUCCUCGGCAUCGCAAUUAUGGGCCUCGUUGUCCCCUUCAACGAUCCCGGACUUCAGAACGAGGGCAGUUACACUGGAGCCUCUCCGUGGGUAAUAGCGAUGCAAAAGGCUGGUAUCCACACCUUACCCUCUAUCUUUAAUGCCGUCGUGCUGAUUUCGGCCUUCUCGGCAGGAUCAUCCUACAUUUACGUGGCCUCGAGAACUCUGUACGCGAUGUCCCUGGACCGCCAGAGCCCUGCUAUCUUCAGCAAGGUUGACAGGAGGGGAGUACCAUAUGUCGCGGUUUUAUUUUCUUGGCUGCUGGGCGCCCUCGCAUUCCUUGGAGUCAGCAAAGGGGGUGGAACGGUCUUUUCCUGGCUGUCCGCAUUGUCAGCAGUAGCAGGACUGUUUGCUUGGGGCACAAGCUGCGUUGCAUAUCUCCGUUUUCGGAAGGCAUGUGUUCUGCAAGGAUACGAUCGCAAUGCCCUCCCAUAUCGAGCGAGGUUACAGCCGUAUGCAAGUUGGUUUAGUAUAAUCAUGUGCGGCUUAGUUAUCAUAUUCUCAGGAUGGUCGACGUUCCUGCACUUCACAGCAAGCGGAUUCUUGACAAGCUACAUCGGCAUACCCGCCUUUUUUGUACCAUGGCUGGGCUGGAAACUAUGGCAUAAGACGAAAGUGGUCAAGUUGUCAGAGGUCGAUUUGGAUUCGGGCAGGUUGAAUCCAAAAGAUGAGGUGCAGGAAAAGGUUCCGACUACUCAGUGGGGCAAGUUCGUCGCUUGGUUGUUCUAA